ACUGCUUUCUUUUUAAUUAAUUAAUGCGAAAAUGGCGGAGUUCCAAUUCCGAUCGAUACGAAGCUGCCGUAACUGAAUGCUCCUGCUCCAAAUCCCCGCUCUUGCCUCUCCGUCUUCUCCUCUCCGCUCUCGUCCUCUCUCCGCCCACCGCCGCACCCGCCCGUCGCGCCUCCUCCAUCAACGCAGCCCUUUCACGGUCGUCGUCGGCUCCGCCGGUGACAGCGGCGGGGAUGGAGGCGGAGGGCCUGGUGGCGACUGGUGGAAGAUCACUGGCCUCGAUCGAGAUGCGGUGCGAGAGGGCUUCCGGUCGUGGCUACUCAAAGCGCGGACGGUGCUCACCGAGGUCGCGACGCCUAUCGUGAAGCGCGGGUUGGGCGCGGACCCUGCCUCUGUGGGGGAGCCCGAGAACGUGGCUGUCGAGGAGGAGUUACUCGUGCCUCCCGAGAUGACGGUGGAGAGGAGGACGCCGAGCGGCUUCCUCUCGUUAGCUGCUGCUGUCUCCAUUGAGCAAUUUGGGAGGAUGAAUGGUUUGACUGGGUGGAAGAUGCAAAAGAUAUUUGAAUCUCUUGCGCCAGAGGCCAUCCGGAAUGAUGCUAGAAGUUUGGUGGAGUAUUGCUGCUUUAGGUACUUGUCGCGAGACAGCUCUGAUUUCCAUCCUAACUUGAAGGAAGCCAUAUUUCAGAGGCUUAUUUUUGUUACUAUGCUUGCCUGGGAGCAACCAUGUACUAGGGACAACUAUUCAUUCUCGUUUCAGGAGAACACUUUUUUCCAGGGUCGAGUAGUUGGAGAAGAGGCUUUUGUUCGAAUAGCUCCAGCUGUUGCAGGUGUGGCUGAUGUAUCAACGGCACAUCACCUGUUCAAGGCUCUGAUAGGAGACAAACAGGGCCUUUCAUUGAGCUUGUGGAUUGCAUACCUUGCUGAGCUGUUGAAGGUCCAUGAGGGAAGACAAUCAUAUGGAAAUAAAAAUAAUAUUUUUCCUUAUGAGGAACUUGUGUGCAAAGGUUCAAGUAGGAAGCAACCUGUUCUAAAAUGGGAAGAUAACAUUGCAUGGCCUGGAAACCUGAUGUUAACGGACAGAGCACUUUAUUUUGAGGCAAUUGGACUUACAGGUAUUAAAAAAUCUAUGAGAUUGGAUCUCACAAGUUGUGGUACACGGGCUGAGAAAACAAAAGUCGGACCAUUUGCUGCCAAACUAUUUGAUUCUGCUAUAUCUGUCUCUUCUGGUCUCAACUCGGAGACUUGGAUUCUGGAGUUUGUUGAUUUUGGUAGUGAAAUGAGGCGAGACUUUUGGCUUGCUUUUAUAACUGAGAUUAUAUCAUUAUAUGAUUUCGUACGUGAAUAUGGUCCAAGUGCUGAUGAUCCAUCAAUCCAUGAUGUGUAUGGUGCUCACAAAGGAAAGCAAAGAGCUAUUAGAAGUGCAGUUAACAGUAUUGCAAGGUUACAGUCCCUUCAAUUCAUUAGGAAAUUUUCAGAAGAUCCAGCGAAAUUGGUUCAGUUCUCUUAUUUGUGGAAUGUGCCCUUCGGGGAUGUUGUUUUUCAGACUCUAGCUGUAAGUUUUUGGGGCGGGCCACUUAAAACAAAAUUUAGGCAAACAAAUGAUCAACCCGUCCAAUGGAUUCGAUCUGUUGACGACCUUUCAGGCAGCAGUGCUCAUGUGUUUGACAUAGAUGGAAGUGUCUACUUGCGCAAGUGGAUGAAAUCUACUAGUUGGUCGUCAAGCUUGUCCAUCACCUUCUGGAAGAAUUGCUUAAUUAAACAUGGAAUUGUGUUGGCUAAAAACAUGGUUGUGGCUGAACUUAGUCUUGUAGAAAGAGCAGCUUUGACAUGUAAAGAGAAGAGUCAAAUAAUGGAGAAGACUCAAGCAACAAUUGAUGCCGCUAUGAUAGAAGGGAUCCCAAGCAAUAUCGAUCUUUUCAAGGAGCUUAUUCUUCCCUUGGUGGCCAUUGGUAAAAAUUUCGACAAACUUAGGCAUUGGGAGAAACCACAUCUGACUGUAUCUUUCCUCAUCUUUGUCUACUUCAUUAUUUUCAGAGAUCUCCUGCGCUAUGUAUUCCCUGCAACACUAAUAGUUAUGGCCACCGGCAUGCUACUACUCAAGAGGCUCAAAGAACAAGGUCGCUUGGGGAGAACUUUUGGUCGAGUUGUCGUACGAGACCAACCACCCUCCAAUACAAUUCAGAAAAUUCUCGCCCUCAAGGAAGCCAUGACAUACAUGGAGAAUUAUCUUCAAAAUGUAAAUGUUGUUCUCCUAAAGAUCAGGGCUAUUAUGCUAUCCGUUCAACCCGAGGCAACCUCCGAAGUCGCCCUUGUGUUACUUGCUGCGGCGACUUUUCUCAUUGUGAUGCCAUUCAAGUACGUUUCUGCACUCUUAAUCUUCGAUCUAUUCACUCGAGAGCUGGAAUUCCGAAGGGAGACAGUGAGGAAGUUCAGAAGCUUUGUUCGAGAUCGAUGGGGUGCUAUUCACGCUGCUCCUGUCGUGGUACUGCCUUACGAGAAUCCUGAAACCGUCUCUUCAGGAGGCGGCACCGACACCGAUCCAGAGAUCUCUAUGUCCGAAAAGGUAUUAGGAAGUGGAAGAAGCCCUACUAAAUCUAAGAUUAGAUUGGAAUGAUUAGAUUUCAUGUCCACAACUUUAUAAAGCAGGAACCAUGAAACUUUCAAAUCUGAAUAACAAGGUCAGAUGAUAGAAUGAAA